AUUUGGACGCAAAAGGAAUUGUGCUGGCGCAGAGAUCGCGCCGAGGGGCGCAGGUUGACAACACUGGCGCGAUCACGCACGACGACCACCCGCCGCGAACAUGUCGGCUGCUAAAUGCACUUUGACAGUCGACACGCAGGUCGGUCACUGAGAGAAGAGAAACUCCGACGAGAUCUCGAGACUGCGCCUCGGUGUCGCGAUUGCCCCGGAGGAUGCCAUAUGUAAAACAUGAGCUGGUUUGAUGCUACGGGAUUCGCCAAUUUGGCGAAAUCUGCCCUGAAGGGAGCUCAGAAGACCAUUGACAAGGCCUUGGACAUUAAGGAGGAAGAACCGAAGGUCAUUCAAUCACAUGUAGAUGAGACCUCAGACUUCUUUGCGAGCUGGGGAUUACAGAGUGAACAGGAAACUACCAAGCGUGAUAACAAUCCACAGAAACAGCAAAAUUCGAGCAGUAUUUGGGGUAGCUUUACAGGCUCGUUUUUUGAACCUCCGAAAAUCAUAGAUAAUAGCUGGAAGACUGUCAAGCAUUCCAAGUCAUUGCAAAGCGCCGCCGAUCAGGAUGAACAGCAACAGGGCAUGGUAUCUUCUAUUUCCGCGCCUGAAAAAUUGGCGACGAAAGAUUCAAAAUCCACAGUAACGAAAUGUGAAUCUGUACAUAAAGAAGAUGAAGGGGAGUCUAAGAUAAUCAGCGAAUCUGUAAAUACUAAUCGUAACGUGUCUAAAGAAUUUAAUGAUAAAACCACGUCAGAAUCUUGCAUGUUGUCAGGACGAUCGUCUCCAGACAACAUUGUUUCUACUAGUACUGAUAAGAUUGUAGCUAAAAGUGCCAGUUUAGAUUUGGAGCAAGUGUAUUACGCGCCGACGGCGGAGAAUGCCGACAGUGAUUCCACGAGUACUGAUGAAGAUGGAGAUCGAUGCGGCAAUGAAGCAGCAUUGGAUAGCAAUAAUACCAAUCGAACAUCGAGCCCCACUAAUGUGUUUCAUAAAAUACCUAAUGUCUCUUCCGAGAGCGAUAAGAAAAGCUUGGAGAGUGUGGAGAUACUCGGCUCGGAAUCCAACACUGAUUGCACUACCACGCCAGAGUCCGAUCUCAAUUCUGUUACUAACUCGUUAAGUCCCUCCGUCGUCGGUAUCAAGGUGACUUCCGAAUCCGUUGAGAUACUGCCGGAUAGUCUGGUAACGUCGCCAAGUUCCGUGGAGAUCCUGGGAGAUUGGAAGAGCGACAGCAGUCCCUAUUUAUCGCCGAUAGACCCGAAGAAUUCUGAAUCACCUCCCGUUCUUGAUAGGGACGACUGUGCCACUCCAUGCGUAGAUUGUACCGAUAUGCUACAACUGCCGAAUAGAGAUCAACUCACGGAAGUUUCAUCGUCCGACAUCUCCCCGUACGAAUCUCCUAUGGAGGAAAUCAAGACAUUGAAUACCAGUUCGUACAGCGUCGAUAGCACACCAUCACCUAAUGCGUUUUCUAGCUUGGACACAAAAAGUUCGUCACACAUGGCAGAUAGCUCGAAAACUUCGCCCGAGAGCGUCGAGGUCAUACCAGAUAUGGACGAGCCGGAUGAAAUAAGCUUGGCUGAGGAUUCUUACACUUCCGCUUCCGAAGGUACAGUUAUGACGGUACUCGAGUCGUUGCAACAAUUGGACACUGUUAAAAAUAAGAUGGAAUUGGUCGAUGUAAGUGUGAAGAUAUCUAAGAUGCACGAUUCAUGUCCGGAUGAUAGGCAAAUGUCGAUAAAGCCUUGCACGGAGAACAAGUUAAACUUGAGUCUCGAUUCACUAAAGGAGAAACAUAAUCUACAUUUAACACUCGAGCCGAUUACUACACAACCAAUUCGCAAAGUGGACCAUCUAGAGGGAAUGAACGAGAAGCCGGACGUUUCCACUUUUUCCCAGUUAAUGAGUACUACUAUAGAGCCACCAGAUCCAGAUAGUUAUUCUCAAGUCGAAAACGUGGAGGGAACGAAGAUGAUUGAGAGCAAUACCGAUCAAUAUUUAAUAUCUACCGAUUCGAGUAGAGAAGGCACCUUGAUAGAGAGCAGUUCGGAAGAUAACGCGACAUUGAUCUGCACGAAUGAUUCCAAAGUCUUAGACACACCUUUGACCACUAGUUCUUAUGUGAAGACCAUGCUAGCCGAUGCCAUGGUCGAAAAAGGCGAAAUAAUCGAUAUGGAGACUCAUUGUGCGGAAGUCCCACGAGAGAAUUCACCUAUAUCGUCAGAAAGUCGCUCCGAUCUGGUGAAAAUCGGAUCCGAUCAGGCCAGCGGACAUACAAGCGGAGACGAAUUAGAAACUACAACAUCGAGCGAUAUUGAAAUAAUAUCUAGCUCACUAUUUGUCAACAGUCCCAACGGAGAUUCGAGUUCGACUCAGUCGCGACAGAGUCCAGCGAAAUUGCAACUGAGUAAAGGCGGUGAUCUGUUGACGAAAACUUUAAAGACUCGCGGUCAUUCCCGUGAAUUAAGUGAGAUCAGCAUAGGCUCGGAUGAAACGAAUAUGGAGAUCGAAAAGCUAUUGAAACGCGUGCAGGAAAUGACUGACAUUCUGGAAGCGAGAGAAUCAAAGUUAAUCGACGUGAGCAGGAUAAACAUGGAAUUACACGAGCAGAACGCAAAUUUAAUGAAGCAGCUUGAAAAUUUUGAAAAACACGCGGAGCAAAAUCAAAAUAUAAAUCAAAUCACAGAUGAAUAUACGCAACGUUUGUCGGCGUUGGAGAGGAAAUUUCAACAAGCGAUAAGAGAACGUGAUCAAUUGAGGAAAAAUUUAGAUCAGUUGAAAUUAGAAGCGGCAUCGCGUUUAUCAUCGCAGGAGAUGUCUAGCAUAAACGCUGAGAAAGAUGAAAUUAUAAAGGAACUUCGCGAGGAGGGCGAGAAGCUUAGUAAACAACAACUUCAACACAGCAAUAUCAUAAAAAAAUUGCGCGUGAAGGAAAAGGAAACUGAUGCAAUAAUAAAAAGUCAAAAAGAGCAAAUUGAGGAACAAAAUAUGGAACUGGAAAGAUUAAAACGAUCACUGCACGCGAAGGAAGAGGUAGAGCGUAGUCAAAUAGAAGCGGUUCACACGCUGACAGCAAAAACGAAGAAGCAAGAGAAGGAAAUAUUAAUGUUACAAGAAAAAUUAGAUAAUGCUGUGCACAAGAUGGAGGCCUAUAAAAAAAGCUUGGAUGCUGCAAAAAUGGACUUAGCAGAAACGAAGAAAAAAUUGCUAGCAACGGAAGAGGAAUUAAAAGAAGCUGUAGAUAAUGCGGGCGAAUCGUGUCAAUUGUUUGCGCAAGUGGAGGAUUUGAAGUUGAAAUAUCGUCAAGCUGAGGAAGCUCACGUCAAGAGAGAAGAAUUUUUUAAACACGAAAACAACGAGUUACUCAAACGAUUAGAAGCCGCAGAGGCUAGAAGUGAAGAAUUAUCUGAAUCAGUAUCGAUAGCAACGAAACCUCUGUUAAGACAGAUAGAACAGCUUCAAGCAAACUUACAGCAUAAAACUAACAGUUUCAUGAAGCAAGAGAAGGUUUUAUCAGAGAAGAAUAUCGAAUUGCAAUCUAAAAUCGAAAAUUUAACCGAGAUGGAUCGUCUUUUGAGAGAAGAAAAUAUUAAUUUAAAAUCCAAAGAGUCGCAUUUAGAAUCGAAACUCAAUUUAAAAGAGAAAGAAAGAUCGAAAUUGCAAGAAUUGCACGAUACAUUAAAAAAGGAAAAUGAGAUGUUAUUAGAACAAAAUAAAAUACAUCAGGAUGCGAUAAAUACUCUCGAGCAGACACACUCCAGUUAUGUACAGGAAUUGAAGAGAGAGAUAAACGCGUUAGAGAAUAAGUUAGCUGUGGAGAAAGCAGCGACUGAUGCAGAACGGAGGAGAAAUAACGCAAUACUGGAACAGCAGCAGAUUACUGACGACGAAUCACGACGUAGUCCUACUCUCAGUAUAGGACAAGAAUCCGUCAGCAGUGCAAAUAGCAUCUGGCCAAGUUUUAGCGACUCAGUAUUCGAUAAUAAUUCUGGCAGAUUUCCUCCAAUACCAUACGAAAGCAUUAUAGCAGGUUCAAAUAGUACGUCGAUCUUUGAAAACCUACAAGCGCAAUUGAAGCAAAGAGAUGGUGAGAUACAGCAACUCCAGUGGGAAUUGUCUCGACGAAACACAGAGAGGGAUGCGUUGAACUCGGAAUUAGCGACGUUAAGUUUAAAGGUCGAAGAUUUGAAUAAUCAAGUCUCGGCGGCACAGGAACUCAAUGAAAGUCUUAGCGAUAUACAGACCAAAUACGACGCGCUGCUGCAAAUGUACGGAGAGAAGGUUGAAGAGAACGAAGAACUGACUCUAGACCUUCAGGACGUCAAGGAGAUGUACAAAACGCAAAUCGAUCAGCUUUUGGCAAAGAGGCAGAAUUAAUUUUGUCGAAAAACAUUACGGAACGAAAACUUACAUAUAGCCUACGAAUUCUCCACGAAACUUUGAUCACGCAAACGCACUUUUCGGCACGUUCUACUACAUAAUCAUUUUGUAAUCAUUUCUAUAUCUAGCGAAAUCCGGACGAAGUUUUAUAGCUGAUGAUUUUAAUAGUAAUUUGGCGUAGGAGGUGUACAUUUAUAUUAUCUAACGCAACGUAUGCGGAAAUUUGUGAUAAAGGAUUUAGAUGCCGGUAAAAGAUUCUGAAUGAGAUUCUUUCUCUGUGCAAAAAAAUUGUAUAAAAAUAUAUUUAUUUUGAGAAAUUAGAGACCUAAAAAAUAUCGGAGAUAUCAAAACUUAUCAACAAACAAUACAUUAUUUUUCCUCCGCA